AUGACUGUCCCGCAAAGCAACGGCCAGAAAUCCUUGCCCUCGGCAUUGCCCUUGGUGCAAAAGCUUUCUAAGGACCAUGACAACGUUCUAAAGACCUUUCGUCUGUUGAUCGCAGAUCUCUGCCAACAAUUUGGUGGUGGUCACCCUGGUGGUGCUAUUGGUAUGGCCGCUAUCGGUGUUUCGCUAUGGAAAUAUAUUAUGCGCUACGCCCCGCAUACCCCGGAUUUCUUCAACCGUGAUCGUUUCGUACUGUCAAAUGGCCACACUUGCCUCUUUCAAUACUCUUUCCUGCACCUUACUGGAUACAAGGCGAUGACCUUCGACCAACUAAAGUCCUACCACUCAGAUCGAGUGGAUGCGCUUUGCCCUGGGCACCCCGAGAUUGAACAUGAGGGAAUCGAAGUGACAACUGGGCCCCUGGGACAAGGUAUUGCGAAUGCAGUUGGUCUUGCCAUGGCCACUAAAAACCUUGCAACCACCUACAACCGUCCCGGCUACGAUGUCGUUUCCAACCACACAUGGUGCAUGAUCGGUGACGCUUGUUUGCAGGAGGGAGUGGCCCUAGAGGCCAUCUCUCUAGCAGGACAUUUUCGCCUGAACAACCUUACUGUGAUUUACGAUAACAACCAGAUUACCUGCGACGGAUCUGUCGACCUUACCAACACUGAGGAUGUCAACGCCAAGAUGCGUGCCAGUGGUUGGGACGUUAUUGACGUCGAGGAUGGCUGCUAUGAUAUCGAAGGCAUUGUCCGUGCAUUGGAACAAGCUCGCAAUUCGCAGGAAAAGCCCACGUUUAUCAAUGUCAAGACGAUCAUAGGUCUGGACAGCCAUGUAGCUGGCACCGCUACUGCCCACGGAGCUGCCUUUGGUCCCCAGAGCGUUGCUAACUUGAAAACACUCUACGGAUUCGACUCCGAAAAACACUUUGUUAUUGGCGAUACCGUCCGCCAAUUCUUCCAGGACCUUCCUGCUCGUGGCGAGCAGUGGGUGCAGGAGUGGAACCAGUUGGUCAGUGACUAUACCACCAAAUACCCGGAGCUUGGUGCCGAAUUCCAGGCUCGUGUUCGUGGUGAGCUGCCUGCAAACUGGGAGCAGCAUAUCCCCUCUAGCUUCCCUGAAAAGGCAACCGCAUCUCGUGCCUCCUCUGGACUUGUCUUCAACCCCAUUGCUAAAGAGGUCAACACUUUCAUGGUUGGGACUGCUGAUCUGUCUCCAUCGGUGAACAUGAUCUGGCCUGGCAAGGUUGAUUUCCAACAUCCUGGCCUGCGCACUACUUGUGGUAUCAACGGAGAUUAUUCCGGUCGUUAUAUUCAUUACGGCAUCCGCGAGCACGCCAUGUGUGCCAUUUCCAACGGCCUAGCUGCUUAUUCUCCUAACACCAUCAUCCCCGUCACUUCAACUUUCUUCAUGUUUUAUCUAUAUGCGGCUCCAGCCGUCCGAAUGGGUGCCCUACAGCACCUCCAAGGAAUUCACGUCGCUACACACGACUCCAUUGGCAUGGGCGAAGACGGCCCCACUCACCAACCCAUUGAACUUGCUGCUUUAUAUCGUGCCAUGCCUAACAUCCUCUAUAUCCGCCCCGGUGACAGUGAAGAGGUGGCUGGCGCCUGGAUUGCUGGUAUUAACGCCAAGAAGACCCCUACCAUCAUCUCCACAUCCCGUCAAGCUCUUCCUCAGCUGAAGCAAACACGUCGCGAUGGUGUGGCCCGUGGCGCUUACGUCCUUGAAGAAAAUGAGUCGGCGACCGUGACUCUGCUCGGUGUCGGUGCCGAGUUAUCCUUUGCGUUGGAAGUUGCUGCGCAGUUGAAGACUCAGAAGGGGAUCGCCGCUCGUGUGGUCAGCUUCCCCUGCCAGCGUCUGUUUGAGCAGCAAUCACUAGAGUACAAGCGGGACACCCUCCGCCGCCACCGUGACAUUCCAGCUAUUGUUAUUGAACCAUAUGCUCCUAAUGGAUGGGAACGCUAUGCGGAUGCCGGUAUUAAUGUGAACCGCUUCGGUCACAGCUUGCCAGGCAAGGCUGCCUACAAGUUCUUCGGUUAUGAAAUCGAUACAUUGACGACCAAGGUGGCGGGCUACCUUGACCAGCUCAAGGGAGAUGAAUAUCUUCGUCGUGAAUUUGUUGAGCUAUGA